CCAGUACUUGAACCCCGUAUCGGCAUUAUCGUAGCGGUUUCGGUUAUUAAUCUCCCCGGACGGUUCUAUCGGGCGAUCCCGAGGAGACGGCGACUCCAAAAUCUUCUCCCUCUCGCUCUCUCUCUCUCUGAAGCAGGCAUGGAGAAGGGCAAGGGCUUGGCUCGAAGAUGGGCGGUGGAGUUCGCGGAGAGCCCCUCGUCGUCCUCCUACCACGUUCCUGACCCUCUCGGUUUCAGUCGAUCCUCGCAAGAUCUCGACGAUGCGAACGGGGGCCGGCAGAAGAAGGACGCCGAAGCGGCCUGGAAGGCGCAGAAAGCUUGGGAAGUGGCUCAAACCCCUUUUAAGAACUUGUUGAUGAUGGGAUUCAUGAUGUGGAUGGCUGGAAGUACAGUCCAUUUAUUCAGCAUUGGCAUCACAUUCUCAGCUCUUUGGCAGCCAUUAAGUGCCCUUCGAAGUGUUGGAAAGGUAUUUGAACCUUACAAGGAUUCAAGGGUAGAUACUCUUGCACCCAAGUUGCUUUUCCUUGCCCUUAACAUGGCCGGGUUGGCUUUGGGUGUGUGGAAGCUGAAUACAUUGGGUCUUCUUCCGACACAUGCAUCAGAUUGGGUUUCAUCUCUAGCCCCUGCUCAGGAGGUUGAAUUCUCUAGUGGGGAUAUUUGAAUCCAUUGAUUCCUGAUGUCAUUUAUCCAUUGAUGUGCCCGACCAGUUCAGAAUUUGCAGUUUUUUGUACUUGGGAUGCCAAUGUCAGUGCUGUUGCAAUUUCCUGCUCUCAAGCCAAACAUCAGCUCAAUAAUUCUAUAUGGAUUUCCAUCUUUGUGAUGUAACAAAAUUUAUGUAUGUUUUUUCCCACAUGGCGUUAUUCCACUUUUUGGGGAACCCCUCAGGGAACUAUAUCCUAUCAUGAGAUCUGUAUUUUCAUGACCAAUGCAUUUCAACUGUGGUUUCUGAUUACAUAAUUCUUCAUAGUUGUGGUUACAUAA